AUGGGUUUUGCCAGCGCCACCUGCACUGCCUCCGGAGACAUCGUUAAUGGCAAGGAUCAAUACCUUUGCGAAGGUCCCGAAGGAGUGUGGGAACUUCGAUGGACCAAUAACUACGGUUGGUUCCUUGCAUCCUCUGUUGGAGGUGGAUCCUACUACUCCACUGGAAACCCAGACCACGAUAGCACAUGUAUCGGUGACUUCGGCGAGUUCGAGGGCGGCUACGUAUGGAGCGACUACGAUUUGGAGCUCUCCUGCAAGCCUGGUGACGGGCCACAUACUCAUACUCCUUGCGCAAAUCACAACUGCGAUGACAAUUAUUAUUGCCAGAACACCGCCGACCUCCAGAGCUUUGAGUGUAUCUGCCGAGUUGAGGGUACUUGUGAUCCAACUGAGCCGCCAACCGAGCCCCCAACUGACCCGCCAACUGAACCACCAACUGAGCCGCCAACUGAGCCACCUACAGAACCUCCAACUUGUAACUGUGAUCCCGCCUGCACAGAUGGAUUCACGUGUGUCGAUGGAGAGUGUGUUGAUUUCGAUGAGUGCGAUGCUGGUACUCACAAUUGCCAUAGUUUCGAGAUCUGCGUGAACACCAACGGUAACUUCCGAUGUGAUCCAAACGAAACUAUGCUCUCUGAGUGUGAAAACUGGACUGUUAGAUGGAACAGGCGAAAAACAAGCCGAUAUAUCUACAAAGGUGAAGACUCCGUCAUCCUCGCCAACAAAUUCAAAGUCAAGAACUCUCCAGUCAAUCCCCGAACCGACCUUUACCAAGGUUUCGUUGUCUGGACCAAGGAUGUCUGCGGCGCUGACUUCCUCAAGAAGAUCCGAUCCGGCGAAGUUGGAGUCUCACUUGUCGACACUGAGAACAUUUACCGAUUGAACUUCCCCUACUUCAAGAACGACGGAAAAUACACCAUGGGAGGCUUUUCUUUCGAAUUGACCAAAGUUAUCACUAAAGAUACUCCAUGGACCUUCAAAUCAGGUGUUCCAACCAAGAACAUGGGUUCCGAUGAUGUCCAAAUCGUCCUAACUGGACUCGACAAGGUCAACUUCUUGGACGCUUACGGACAGGACUGGUGUCUCCUUACUGCUGCCAACGCAAUCAUGGCCGCCGGCGAGUACCCAGACUUUCUUACCAUGUGCGUCAUUGAGAAGAAAAAGUUCUGGAAAGCGCCAAAAGACCCACUUGCAUAA